AUGGCGAAGUCAGCAUGGGGAUCCAAAUCCUGGGCAGACGAUGUCGAGGGGGGGGAGGAGGAGCUUCCUCCUCCCGCCUUCCCGGAGCUCGCCCAGGCCGCAUCUAAGCCGUCCGAUGACGCCUUUCCGACGCUCGGCCAGGCGGCAGCCAAGCCGCAGAAGAAAAAGAAGGAAAAAUUAACGCUCUCUCUCUCGGAGUUUACGACAGGCGCGUAUGUCGGUCCCGGAGCGCGAUCCAGGACUACUAUAGUGGAGGACGUUAAGGGGCUCACGUUCCAGGAGAAGAUGGCGCUCCCAACGGGGCCUAGGGAGCGCAGCGAGGACGAGGAAAGUGGCGGAUUAGGCGGUGGGUUCCGCGGUUACGGGGGUUUCCGUGGCGGCGACAGGGGAGGCGGUCGCGAAGGUCGCGAUGGACGUCGCGAGGAUCGCGAACGGCCGCCGAGGGAGGACGACGGGCCGUCUCGGGCAGACGAGGUGGACAACUGGGCGACGACGAAAAAGUUUGUGCCGUCUGGUGACGGCGGCAGAUCUCGCGGCGGCCGGUACGAGGACGACGGCGGCCGUCCAGGACGUGACGGUCCGUCAAGGGCCGACGAAGUCGACAACUGGGGCGCGACGAAGAAAUUUCAGCCGUCUCAGUCCAUGGACGGACGCGGGGAUCGCGGGGAUCGCGGCGACCGCAUGGGCGGCCCGUCACGUGCCGACGAAACGGACAACUGGGGCGCCGCGAAGAAGUACGUCCCUUCCGCGUCCGUGGGCGGCGGCGGCAGCCGCGGAGGGUUCGGCGGGCGCGGAGGAGGCGGCGGAGGAUUCGACGAUCGUGACGGCGCACGUGCGGCUGACGUGGACAACUGGGGCGCGGCGAAGAAGUUCGUGCCGUCCGGUAGCCGGGAUGGCAGGCGGGACGGACCCAGGGACGGCCUGCGGGAAGGGCUCGAGGCGGACCGCUGGGGGAAGGAGUCCCGCGACGAGCGCCCGUCGGAGCGCCCGCGCCUGAAUCUCCAGCCGCGCAAGCCUGUGGCGGAGGGCGAGGGCGGAAGCGCGGGGAGCGCGGAGGAUGCUAACAAGCCCAAGAAGCCGAGCCCGUUCGGGGAGGCGCGCCCGCGCGAGCAGGUGCUGGCGGAGAAGGGCAUCCCCGUUGCGCCCGACUCCCCUUCCGCCAGCGGCGCAGCGGCGGAGCCCGCGGCGGAGGUGAAGGCGUCGAAGCCGGCGGUGAACCCGUUCGGGGAGGCGAAGCCGCGGGAGGUUGCGCUGGAGGAGCGCGGAAUGGAUUGGCGGAAGAUGGAUCUGGAGCUGGAGCAUAAGGGCGUUGACAGAUCCGAGACGGAAGAAGAGAAGAAGCUUCGCGAGGAGGUCGACGCCCUUGCCGCGAAGCUUCAAGCCGCCACGGGCAAAGGGGCUGCCAAGGCGGAGAAGGCGGGUGAGGGUACGGGGGAAGAGGAGACCAAGACAGAGGAUGAGACGAGCGCGGCGGCACCUGAGCUUUCACCUGAGGAAGUUGCGGCCUUGGAGAAGGAAGUUGCGGAGAAGCGGCGGCAGCUGGAGCAGCUGGUGCUAGAGCUUGACGCCAAGGUUAAGUACGCGCAGAAACAGGCGAGAGAGAAGCAGGCGAGAGAUAAGGAGGUAGGCGCGGCGGGAACAGAAGGGGGUGUAAGAGAAGGAGCAGGGGGAGGAGCAGGGGGAGGAGGGGACGGGGCUGCUGCUGCUGCUGGUGGUAGUGCUGGUGCUGCGCCGUUGGCCAAUGGGAAUGCGUGGGGCGGGGGCGCGAGGAGAGGCGGGGACGCGUGGCGGAGCAACACGGUUGGGAGCGGGGAGGGUGUGGCGGCGGGCAAGGGGGAUGCGUGGCGCGGCGGCAGCAGGAGCACUGCGGGGCCGGGCAGGGACGCGGGGGAGGCGCAAGGCAGGCCCGCGCAGCGGACGGGCGGGUGGUAG